ACUUGUGAAAAAGUCAGAUUUUAAAAAGUUGCGGCCGCAGACAAUCCAACAACCGGACAUAUUUAGAUAUUUAUUUUGUUGGCAGAAAGUUUUGUUCUCAAUUUCAGUUUGCCCGACAAAACCCGCCGCUGCCACCAUGAACGACUACGGCCUUCCGGAAAACGCGCUCGGAACCAUGCUGACCAAGCUGGUCGACUUGCUGGGCCAGGACAUCCGGCUCCGGCCCGUAAUGACGGCGUACCGCGACUUUGUGCUGGAGCACGAACACCUGCUGGAGAACGUGGUGGAACCGGUCAAGAGCAACGCCAAAGCGGACCAGCUCCGUCAGGAGGGGAGCCGUCUUUAUCUGGCCAAACGGUACGAGCAGGCGCUGGAGAAGUACAACGAAAGCAUUUGCUACGCGGAGGCAGGUUCCGAACAGUUGGCCAUUGGAUAUGCGAAUCGGUCGGCGAUCUAUUUCGAGCAGGGGGAGUACGAGUUUGCGCUGCUCAACAUCCGGCUUGCCCGGAAUCACAGCUAUCCGGAGAAGCUGAUGGGGAAACUGGACACAAGGGAGAAGAACUGCCGAAAGAAAAUUGACGAGGGUCUCGCGAAGGACAACGUGCCCUGUCCACGGAUGAGAAUCAAUGUCGAGGUCAAUCCGAAAAUUCCCUUCCUGGCCAAGGGAGUCGGCAUGAAGCAGUAUCCGGGAAGUGGUCGUGGGUUGGUUGCGGAGAGGAACUUCAAGACGGGCGACGUCAUUCUGGACGAAAAGACCGUCAUCAGUGUGGUGGGCUCUCCGUUUAAAUUUCUGUAUUGCAGCCACUGUGGCAUCUCGAACCAGCACAGUUUGAUUCCGUGUCCGGACUGUGUCAUGUACAUGUACUGCAGCGAGGAAUGUCUCGCCGAGGACAAACGAUUGACUCAUCGAUUCGAGUGUGGGUUUGGUGCCCAAUCAGAGAACAUUACGUUCAACGGAUCGAACAUUGCACCGAAAUUGUUCCUGUACGGGUUGACCCUGUUCAACGACGAUAUGGAACAGACGAUGAAGUACUGCGAGAAGUUCGCAAACACCGGAGCCAAUCCUCUUACGUUGGACUACACAAAGUACGAUCCGCUGGAGGAGUUCAAAAUGCUGCACAAAGCCAAACUUCCUUGCUCGCCGUUGGUCGAGUACACGUUCAAGCUGUGCGCCGCCGUCAACUACGUCGUUCUGAUGAAGCAACCCGCCGUUCAAUCGCUGGUGACCUCCGAAGCGCAGAAACGGUUCUUCAUGAACAGCCUCUACCACUACCAGCGCGUAUCGAGCUACUUUUCGUGGGAGUGCAACUCUCCAACGCAUUCCACUCCCACCGUGUCCGGCUUGAUGACCAUCGGAAGUCUGAUCAACCACUCGUGCGACCCGAACGCACUGGUCAACUACGAGUCCGGUCGGUUCAAGUGCGUCUUUCUUCGGCCCGUCCGCAAAGGCGAACAGAUCACGACUUCCCUCGGACCGGCCUGGUUCCUAUUCGAGGGCCAGCCAGCGUCCGAGCUGAGCUUCGAGUGCCGCUGUCAGGUUUGUCGCAACGGAAGCAUCAUCGACUGGUUGAAAACGGCCAAACCGCUUCCGACCAGUGCCCAGGCCGACCUCGGGCUAUGUCUGGAGGUGAUGGGCAACGAUAGUGCCAACGACGCGGCCAAACUGAACGCGUUCCAGCAGUUCUUCCAGCGGUACGCGCAGUAUUUGCCCUGCCUGGAAAUGGCCUUCCACGUGCGUUCCUAUCUGGGACUUCUGAUGGAUGCCUUCAGGAAGGAGAACGUGAAGCUGAACCGGGCGAAGAUUGCGGCUGCGGUGGUUUGAGUUGACUUUAUCCAUGAACUGACUCUGAAUUUACAUGAUUCAUAAGAUGUUUUUUGCUUUUUCGCGACUCGCGAAUAAAACCCUUCGUACACUUAAAGAUAACAUUAGUUCUAAAAAUAUGAUUGUUUUUGAGAAAUUCCAAGAAUUUGUUAAACUGUAGACUAGACUGAAGACUCUGAAGGAACCAAAUAAAAUUUGCGUCCAAUGUA